AUGUCACCACAACAAUCUUCCACGUCAUUUCGAGAUUUUGUGCGGCGAAAAACUUUUCGGCUUAAUGGAGCCUAUUUAUUGACAACUUUGGUGAGUUUUUGAGCAGAAAACGUGCAAUUCGCUAAAUUUUGAGCAAAAAAUCACGAUUUUUGAUCGAAAAAUGUGCAUUUUUCAAUGACAAAACCGAAAAAAGUAUAUUCUUUGGUUUCAACUUUGAACUAUCAGUGGUCAUGGUGAUAAAUAAGAAAAAUUGAUAAGAAUGAGGAGAAAAUGGCGGUGGAGAACGAAAGAUUUAUCGUCACAAACUCGAAAAAAUUGACAAUUUUUUAGGAGGGAAAUUGAAAUCUUGAAUUGAAAAACUACAGCGAAGUUCUAUCAAACACUUGGAAAACCACAAAAAUAAAUCUAGACUUUUUGAAACAGUGAACAUUUUUAAUGAGAAAAACAAUUGCAGACAGUGAAAUUUUCUAGUGACAUAACCUUUAAAAUUAUAAGAAUUAUUUGAAACAGUGAAAAAAGUUCAAAAACUUUCGAAUUUUACAAAUUUUAAGUAAUAUUUUCCAAACAAAAUUGGAAGACUAAUUCAGCUUUUUUGAAGAUUUCUAGGCCACCAAAUCGUAAUUUUGGGUUUCUAGGUCAAAAUUUGCAGGGCGAUCGAAUGUGGAUGUUUGCCAUCGGAAUUUUCAUGCACAAACUCGGCGGAAUGACAUGGGUGGCUGUUCAGCAAUUUUUCGAUGCUCUUGUGAAAUUGGCUGCGUUGCCGAUUAUUGGAUCAAUUAUGGAUAAGAGAGAUAGGAAUAAAAGUGAGCAGAAUUUCGGAGAAAAUCAGAAUCAGAUUUUUUUUCAGUCAUGCAAAUCUCACUAGUUGUCAAUAAUAUUGCUGUUGGUGCUUCGGCGGCCGCAUUUUUUCUAUGUUUUUAUUUGCCAUCACCAGAUGGAACACUUACUGGAAAUCGAAUGGUAAGUGGGAGAAAAUUGAGGUGGAAUUGGAAAUCAGGGCAAACAUUAGAACUCCAAUAAUUCUGAGUUCAUUAAAUUACUGUUAAAAAAUUUCAAACGACACUCCACAAUCGUUCACAAACCUAGCGUUCAAAAAGGAAAACCCCUUAGUCACCCUGAUUCAAUUGAAAAUCAACAAAUAUGAGUUAUCUUGAUUUUCGGUCGAAAAAUUCGAGUUCAGAAGUUCUAAACCUCAAAAUCUUGCAGGCUCUGUUCAUCGUUGGAAUUCUAUUUGCUUCAAUAUCCCGUGUAGCCAGCGAGGCUCAAAGAAUAUGUUUCACCAAAGAUUGGACAGUUGUCAUAACUAGUGCCUAUCCAGAAGAGGGAGUUACGCUAUCUAGUGAGUGAAAUGACUAGGAAUCGACGAAAAUUAACAGAAUUUGACAGAAAACCAUUUUCAGAUCAAAACUCUCUAAUGUCUGUAAUCGAUCAAUCGUCUUCCGUAAUUCUCCCAGUUUUCACGGGUGCUCUCAUCGAAAUUUCGGGCUAUCAAACAUCAUGUAUAUUCAUUAUCGCCUACAAUGUAGUUUCUUGGUAUAUUGAAUCGAAUAUUUUGAGAAAUUUGUACAAUUUGACACCGGCUUUGAAGAAACGAUGUGUUGAAAAAGAUGAAGAUGGAGAGGAAAAUCAGAGUAGAUCAUUUUCAUGGAUCAAUUCAUUCCGAUUAUAUUUUCAACAAUCAAGUUGGAUGGCUGGAUUUGGUUUGGCACUUUUGUAUAUGACUGUUUUGGGAUUUGAUAAUGUUAGUCAUUUUGGGGGCAUUUGUUUUAAAAAAAAUUUCCGAGAAUUAUUGAUUUUUGAAUCCAGAAGAACAUCACCAUUUUCCAUAAACUCUCAAAAAAAAUACAAAAACUUUGAAACAGUGAAAAAUUUUGAAGAAUUUUUUCGCGGUUUCAGAAGAAUUUUUCUGACGGAGAAAUCUGAGUACUUUUUUUUUGUUGAAAUUUUGUGAUUUUUUCAGGAGAAUUGCUAUGAAAAAUGAAUUUCCAGCACUUUCAAACCAAGAACUAAAAAUUCCAGUAGAAAAUCUAUCAAACGAAAUUAUCUACGAUUCAAGCAUUAGUCUCCCGAUCAAAAACUCCCAAGAAAAUUUUAAAUCACAUGAAAAUUUUGAAACAGUGAAAAAAAUUGAUAGAAAAAAAAUGAAAUUCCCCUGGAGAGUAUGAAAUACCAACUCCUGCUCCCUAAAAUCCUCUAAAUUUCCAGCUUGCCGGUUCGUAUGGUCAAAAGCACGGAAUGCAUCUCGUGACUCUAGGCUUCUUACGUACCACCGGUUCACUUUUGGGUGUUCUCGGUGCAAUAACAUUCGGUCGUCUUGAGCCAAGAAUUGGUCUACUUUGGACAGCAUUCAUUGGUCUAACUUGGCAGAACAUUUUCAUCAAUUUCUGUUCAUUCUCCACAAUUCUUCCCGGAAGUCCAAUGAAUAUAAUGGGUUAUAUUUCAAAUUUCGAUCUCAAUAUUUGGAUAAAAGAGGUUAAUGAGCAUAUAAGCAAACCAACAAAUGAUGAUCAUUUUCCACUUCCAUUUUUACAACUUCCUCCAUCGAUUUUGGUCUUCUUUUUUGGAAUAACAUUAGCGAGAUUUGGAUUAUGGAUGGCUGAUCCGGCGAUUACACAAAUUCAACAAGAAACUAUUCCCGAAUCACAACGAUACUCCGUUUUUGCGAUGCAGACUGCGUUUUGUGAAGCUUUUUCAUUACUUAAGGAUACGAUUGUGAGUUUUUUGUUAAUUAUCGAAAAAUGAAACAACGAGAUCGAAAAACAUUCAAAAAAUUCAAAUCAAUAAUUCAGUUCAAUAAAUUCAAAUGAAUAAAAUUCAAAACAGUUCGAAAACUAAUCGAAAAAUCUUGAAACGUAUAAUUUCCAAGACAGAACGCUUCUGAAUUUUUGUCAAAAAUUAAAAUUUCAUACCGAAACUUUCUAUCUCAGAAAUUUCAAGUUGCGAAGAAAACCUAAUAAGAAAAAUUAGACUGGAGACCAUAAAAUGAGAACAAAUCUUUCAGAAAAAGUCUUAUGCUGGUGAACCUAAUAUUCCAAACAAAACGUUUUCCAAAAGGGUUUUUCAACAACUUCCUAGAUUAAAAUUCCACUAAAAAUCCCAAUUUUCAGCCACAAAUUCUCUAAAAUUCCAGAUAAUCCUCUUCCCAAACACUGAAUUAUUCGGAGCUCUCGCAAUUGCUUCGUGCAUUUUCGUAUUUGCCGGUUAUAUGUUCAACAAUGCCUAUUUCUUAAAAUGCGGCUGUUCUUCGGCAAAAGAUGCACAUUUACGAAAACCAGUCAAAACUUCUGGAAAUCCAGAAAUCGAGUUAGCCGAAACUGGCAAAUUAUUGGAUGAGGUGAAAAAAUCGGAAGAAGAACAGGAAAACGAGGAAAAUGAGCAAAAAAUGGAGAAAAACGGGGAUUGUUGA